GAUUUGAAUGUGUUGUUAGGACUUGUCAAAGAAGUUGAAUUAAAAGUCACGAAAAUGUCAUCUAGAAAUAAAGAUAUGAUCAUCAUUGAUGGAGGUCUGAGCACGGAGUUAAUAAGACUUGGCUAUCCGAUUGAUCUGGACCCGCUAUGGACAUCAACAUAUCUUUUGAAAAACCCUGAUGCACUGAAGAGAGCACAUCUUAGCUUCCUUGAGCAUGGUGCUGAUGUCAUAUUAACAGGUACUUAUCAGGCUAGUCCAGAACUGUUUGAGAAGGUAGCAGGAAUUGGGGAUGGGGAGUUUAAUAAGCUGAUGGCUACAGCAUGUGACGUCGCAAGGCAAGCAGUGUUGGAAUUCUGGGAGACACAGUCUCAAUCUGGAAGAAGGAAGCCACUUGUUGCCGGAUCAGUUGGGCCUUACGGAGCAUGUCUGCAUGAUUUCUCGGAAUACCAUGGCAAUUAUGUAGACAAUAUGACAAUUGAGGAACUGAAGCAGUGGCACAGACCUCGGAUGAAGGCCCUCGUUGAAGCAAGUGUUGACCUACUAGCCCUGGAAACCAUCCCUUCUAUUGUGGAAGCAGAAGCUCUCCUGGCACUUCUACAAGAGUUUCCCACCAUGAAGGCAUGGAUGACAUUCUACUGCAAGGACCAAUCUUACAUAGGCCAUGGAGAGAGCUUAGCUGAGGCCAUUAGCAAUGCCAGCGCAUGCUCCCAGAUAAUAGGAGUUGGUGUCAACUGUGUUCCAGCAGAAAACGUCACAGCUCUACUGCAAAGUGCUACAACAUCUCUGCAUGGAAAACCAUUUGUCGUAUAUCCAAACGCACCUGGAGAGCAGUGGAUUGAUGAUAAGGUCUGUGGAAAGACUACUGCCGUUGACUUUGAUGACCUCAUACCAGCAUGGAUAGAGGCAGGAGCUAGGUAUAUAGGAGGUUGCUGCGGAACUAGUGCCUUGGAUGUCAAACAUUUAUCGGAGAUUAUUUCCAAAAGAUGACGCGCUUCAGUAAAUUAUACUCGAUGAGGGGUAGAAAUGAGGAGGCGUGAUGGUUGUGUUGGAAGAGUGAUGGUCUCAUAAUCCUGGCAACCUGGGUUUAUAGAAACCAAAUAAUGCGCUGAUGCCAUUUGAUAAAGGUAUUUAUCCUUGUAAUCAGGUCCCUCAGAGUGGAACUUAAAUCAUUGGUUCUUAUAAAUAACCAAACAAGCAGUCAUGCUUUCUCAGCGGGCAGGUAAACUAACCACAUCGUGCUGCACUCAACCCAGAUGAGGUGAAUGGGUACCUGGCAGGAAUUUAUUCCUUGAAAUGCCGAGUGCUGGAAGCUAGCUGCUUGAGCUACAGUGGGAGUAAUAAUAUGCAAGCCCUUUGGAAGCGCAUAGAGAUGUUAUUCAUAAUGUGUUAUGCGCUAUCCAAGAAUGGACUAUUAUUAUUAUUAACUGAUAUGAGAAGAUUUAUAUGACAUAAUUGUUAAAAAAAAGCAUAAUUAAACCUGUUGUCCUUUGAUCAAAGUAAAGCAAGCAGUAGCAAUGAAUUGUAAACCAUAUCAAACAAAGCAAACAGAAACUGAGGAAACAAACAGCAUGAGAAAUAAGAAUCGACUUUCUAUUCAUCCUCAGUGUUUACUCUGAGUACUAAAACAAAAAGUUUUACUCUGCAUCUAUUUUAGACUACCUUAUUACUAAACAUCUUUUCAAUUAAUCAUGUUUAUAUUUUCUAUAAAACUAAGCAGUAUAUUUUGUAUGUAAUUUUUUGUCUUUCAGAAAGCAUGACAAAUAAAAACCACAGGAAACAGUAAUUAGAUGAUAAAUGUUUUAUUAAACAACUAUAUCAUUUCUGAAGGGAUUUAGAUGUAGUUACCUUUCUGAAAAAGGAUGAUUUCUCCAGACCACUUUUUGUCUUGUUUUCUGAAUCCAAAAAGAUGAUAGUUUCCAUUAUAUGUUAUAUGACAUUAUUUUAAUGAAAACAGAACACAUCUCUCUCUUAUCCGUCUUUUAAAAUGACAUUAGGGUCCCGUCUUACGAUUGAUCGGAGCAAUC